GCAUGUGCUUCGGAUUCUUACCUUCCCCACCCCCCAGGAAACAGCUGCCUCCUCCUCGGACCCAGCCAUUGUCAGGCAAGAGGGACAUAGUCCUAUAAACCGUUCUAUCAGCUAAAGUGUUCAAAAUCACGAGCACAGCAAACCACUUGCCUUCCCCGAAAGUAUACUUUCAUAUUUCAGUCCAUGUUAUUUUAAAAAAAAACCGCAGCAAAUCAAAGCUGCCAAAUUAGGUUAAUUUCAAAAGCUCUUUGUUACGUUAUAUUCAAAUGAGCUGUAGUGUAAAGCACAUUCCUUUUCCGACCCUGAGGUUACUGCUGUGUGUGUGUGUUUUUGUUCCUGCAGGAGAUUUUACUCAUUCUCUCUCUGUGUCUGUCUCCGGGCUAUGGAGUUAUCAGAGCUCAUUAAAACGUCGAAAGUUGACCAUGUGCUGCUGUCUCGGCCCUUCCUGCAGCCUGUGAAAGGGACCCUGUGCAUUACCAGCCACCAUCUGCUGCUCUCUUCCAGGGCUGGAGACAAAGAGGAGCUUUGGUUAUUGCUCAGGAACAUAGAUGCCAUCGAAAAGAGAUAUACAGGGUCUUCAGGGAUAAUAACUAUUAAAUGUAAAGACUUGUGUGUUAUGUACCUGGAGAUACCAGGAAUGGAAGAAUGCUUGAAUGUUGCCAAGUCAAUUGAGUCUUUGUCAUCCCUGGAAUCUGUCAGGCACAUGUACCCAUUCUUCUAUCGACCAAAGGAUCUGAAUCUUCAGGAAGGCUGGGACUUAUUUACCCCUGAAGAGCAGUUUACCAAAUUGUCUUUACAUACGGAUAAUUGGAGACUCAGUUACGUGAACAAAGAGUUUGCAGUAUGUUUGAGUUACCCUGAUGCAGUGAUUGUUCACAAGUCUGUCAAUGAUGCAGCAUUACUGACCGUAGCCAGCUUUCGACAAAGUGGACGCUUUCCAGUCUUGAGUUACUACCACAAAAGGACUGGAAUGGUGAUAAUGCGAAGCAGCCAGCCACUGACUGGGGCCAAUGGGAAGAGAUGUAAAGAGGAUGAACAUUACCUUGCUGCUGUUCUCCACCCUGAUAGGAAAGGUUAUAUCAUCGAUACCAGAUCCACACAAGCUGCCCAUCAGGCAAAAGUGAAAGGUGGUGGCUUUGAAUCUAAAACUAACUACCACAACUGGAAAAGACUCCACAGAUCCAUAGAGAGUGGAAGAAUUCUCCAGGAAAGCCUGAUUAAAUUGGUUGAAGCUUGUAAUGACCAAUCCAACAGCACUGACAGGUGGCUCAGUAAACUGGAGGCUUCCAAAUGGCUAGGCCAUGUUAAAACUGUAUUGACCAAUGCCUGUAUGGCUGCACAGUGUGUCGACAGGGAAGGAGCGUCAGUCCUGAUCCAUGACUCUGAGGGUAGAGACUCAACCCUCCAGCUCACAUCACUGGCACAAAUCAUCCUUGAUCCAGACAGUCGAACCAUUACUGGCUUCCAAGCAGUUAUCGAGAGGGGGUGGUUACAGGCAGGGCAUCCUUUCCAGCAGCGAUGUGCCAGUUCAGCUUAUUCACAUGCCAAGCUGAAACAAGAAGCACCCGUCUUCCUCAUCUUCCUGGAUUGCUGCUGGCAGAUGACCAUCCAAUUCCCUUGCUCAUUUCAGUUUAAUGAGCGCUUCCUGAUCACAUUGUUUGAACAUGCCUACGCAUCCUGCUUUGGGACAUUCCUGUGUAAUAAUGAAAAGGAACGGUUUACCCUGAAUGUGAAGGAACAGACUAUUUCGAUUUGGAGUUGGAUGAACCGACCUUGUGAGCGAAAGCAAUACAUUAAUCCUCUGUACGAAAGAAACAACUUCGCCAUCUGGCCUUCCGUAGCUCCACAGAGCUUGCAGCUUUGGCAAGGUUUGUUCCUGAGAUGGAAUCGAUCACCAGAGCAUCAGAAUGAGGCUUGGGAGCAGAUUAAUCACAUAAUGGAAUACAGCAGGAGAAAAACACAUCCAACAAGUACAGAACUAUCUGCUCAAUGGGAAGACCCUGCUGGACUCUAGGAGCUUUCAGCACUUAGUAUUCGGAGGCCACUCUCAAUUUGAAUGAUUUUCAGAACUUUACAGCCUCAUUCUUUCAAGAUCACAACCAGCUGGAGGGAUAUAGAAAAGACCCAACUCUAACUCAGACCAUUCGCCCGCAGAGAUCAGCGAAGGGAACUGAGUGGAAAAGAGAGAAGGAGGGAAAGUAAUUUCAAUCUGAUUAACACAAUGGUAGCUGAAUAAAAGUUUCAGAACUUUAUUUGUUACUUUAUUAUUCGUGCUGCCAAUAUGAAAAUGAUUAAUCAGCUGGGAACUCUUUGCAGUUUACAAGAUAUUUUCCUUAUUACAGAUCACUCUGCCCUUAGCUACUUGUUAUUUAGUCAUGUUUGCACAUUUACUAGUUUCCAUUCUGAAGUAGGUACUUGAUUAGGGCAGAGUUAUGAGCAGCCAAGCUGAUUGGAGAGUCUGUGAUAAUGGGAACUGCAGAUGCUGGAACAGAUGCUGGGAACAGCAACUCAUAUUCCGCUUGGGAACCCUGCAGCCCAAUGGUAUCAAUGUGGGCUUCACCAGCUUCAAAAUCUCCCCUUCCCCCACCACAUCCCAAAACCAACCCAGUUCGUCCCCUCCCCCCACUGCACCACACAACCAGUCCAGCUCUUCCCCUCCACCCACUGCAUCCCAAAACCAGUCCAACCUGUCUCUGCCUUCCUAACCUGUUCUUCCUCUCACCCAUCCCUUCCUCCCACCCCAAGCCGCACCUCCAUCUCCUACCUACUAACCUCAUCCCACCUCCUUGACCUGUCCGUCUUCCCUGGACUGACCUAUCCCCUCCCAACCUCCCCACCUAUACUCUCCUCUCCAACUAUCUUCUUUUCUCUCCAUCUUCGGUCCGCCUCCCCCUCUCUCCUAUUUAUUCCAGAACCCUCACCCCAUCCCCCUCUCUGAUGAAGGAUCUAGGCCCGAAACGUCAGCUUUUGUGCUCCUGAGAUGCUGCUGGGCCUGCUGUGUUCAUCCAGCCUCACAUUUCACUAUCAUUGAUUGGGGAGUCUCUCCUGUUAUGGAGCUGAAUCAGUCCACACCAUUCUCCUGAAUACUAUUUUUCAAAUAUAGGGAUAGCAUUGUUAGUAACAUAACUUAACAAUUUUGUUAUAGUUUUGAAAUACUUUUGUCCUGAAGUUAUUCAUGGUCAGAGUUUUUUUGUUUGAAUUGACAAUUUCUCUUGUAUUUACACAUUAUCAACAAAAUUGCUUCAGUUUACGCAGAGAAGCUCAAUAAGAGACUCUAUUCAGAUUACAGGAUAAUAUUUCAAAUACACAGCUACCUAGAUAAUGCGAACAUUUAUUUCCCUCUGUAACGAGCAAUGAUCAAGAGUGGAAAUGUAUAUUGUAGGUGUUUGGGAUUUUUGGCUCUCAGUGCUUUUGUUUUAAAGCAAGAGAAAAGAUAUGAACCUUAAUCCUGGUUUACUGUCUCAGUAAGUAAUAAUGUCAUUGUAUUUUACCAAAUGUUGCAUUUUAGUUGAAAAUCUUUAGAGUUCCAGAAUUUAAAGAGUCAAUGUUAUGCCAUCCAGUGUUGGUAAUGAAGUACUGCAAUAAUAUUUUGUGUGGUUGGUUCAAUGGAUAUGUGCCUAAACUUCGUCCACCCAAUUCAAACCACAACCUCUUAUGCCGAGCAGAUACUGAUUUGAAGAAAGCAGAGAGUUUGCUGUAUAUGUUGUUAAUAUAUUUCAGGAAGUAGAAUGGUAACAAGUGUAGUUUGUUUCACAACAUACUUAGUAACAUUACACUGAAUACAUUCUUCUUCAUUCAUAGAAUAAUCAAUAUAUUACUGCAGAGAUAGUAGGAACUGCAGAUGCUGGAGAAUCUGAGAUGACAAGGUGUAGAGCUGGAUGAACACAG